AUGAAUCCUUUCUUUAAGAAGGUCCUUAUUGGAAGUUUAGCUCUAUCUGUGACUAUAGUAGCAAUACUUAGUAUUAGUCUAGAUAAUUCAAACUUCCUCUAAGCAGAUCAAAAUCCCAGCAACCCUGUUGAUUAGGUCAAUCUAAUAUCUUAUAGUGGAUUACUAAACUCCUUAACCAAAAUAAAUGGAGGAGAUAAGACUCCAGACUAGUAAAUAAGCGUUGGUGCUGCAAAAACCGAAACUGCAACUUAUAAUCUUACAUGGGUGAAGCAGCAAGUUAAGUAACUUAAGGACUAUGUUAUCAGCAAUUACUAUCAAAGACUUGAUGCUCAUAUAAACAUUGACAAAGUUAUUUAUCGGCCAAAUGAUGUAGUUUUCAUCGAGAUUCUGCUAUUAGACGCUUUUAAUAAAACUCCAGUAGCACUGACCAAUAAAAACGAGUACUUCUAAUACCAUUAUGUGACUAUCCAAAUUAAUGAUCCUUCAGGCAAUAGUCUAUUCACAACAUAUCAGUUGAUUUAAAACUCUACAGUGGUAGUAAAUUUCAAGAUACCAGCUACUGCUGUGGGUGGUGAAUACUCAAUAAUAGCACAAAGUAUAAGCAUUCCUAAAAUUACUAAAAUGUUCCGAGUCAGAGAUUACCCAAGAGAUCAAUUAGUAAUUACAUCAAUGACUAGUCUAGACUCUUAUUAGCCUGGUCAAACAAUUGAUGGUAAAAUCAACGUUGAAUAAGCAAAUGGUGAAGGGUUUUAAACCAGUUCUUUACCUACUUAUGAAUAUUCACUCAAUUUUUCGAGUCCAACUAAAUAGUUAGUUGAGAUCAGAAAGCAAGCUUUAAGUCAGGAUGGGUCAGGAUAUUUUUCUAUUGAAAUUCCAUUAGAUUGCGAUCUUAACAUAUUACCAAUAACUUUUAUUGUUACCUAUGGCACUGUUUCUCAGUCACAUACCUUGAAUGUAGUAAUUAGUCAGCCAGAUCAAGCUACUAUAGAUUUCUUCCCUGAAAAUGGAUUCAUUACCAGAGGAAUCCAGAACAAGAUAUACUUCCAGGCAUGGGCGACUGAUGCCCGAGCUGAUGCUUAUGAUUUCACAGGAGCAUAACUUAUAGUUCUGAGAGCGACCAACCUUAAAACUUUAGCCCCCAAUGAGUUCACAAUAGUCUCUAACGUGUCAACCAUCCACAAGGGCAAGGGGUUCUUUAUGUACUGGCCCCAUCCAAAUGAUACGAAUCUGUACUUGAAAAUCAGUGAUGGGAAGUACAGUUCUAUCAGAAGGGAGAUUCCGAUAAAGAUUUCUGAUAACGAGGUAACCUUCACAGUGACAAACAAGAACAGAAUUCUUGGCAACAAUGAUGACUUGAAGAUUCUAUUUACUACUAACGCUAACAUGAAAAACACUAAUGUCUAUAUCCUUGAUGUGAAAAUUAAGGAGAAAUCACUUUAUUCAUAAGAGCUAAAGUUUGAGCCAAAUAAAAAUUCUACUGUUAAUAUUAAGGCUAGUUCAUUUCCAGUUGUAAAUGGAGGAAUCUUCAUUGUCUAACUUAGAAAAGUAUCUCCAGAUUUCUAUAAGGAUUAUUAAACAUACUACAGUUAAAAGAACAAUGUCAUCUUGACAACUUCUAAUUCUUCAUAGACAUCUAACUGGGGCAGUUAUUCAUCUUAUGUUUACCUGCCAUCUGAUAUUGUCGUGUCUUGGUUUGAAUUCAAGGGAGAAAUCACAUUUUUCAAAAAGCCUUCAAAGACUCUUAAAGUAACUGUAACUACUGACAAGACUUCUUAUCUUCCAGGUGAUUAAGUCAACUACACAGUUAAAGUUCUUGAUUCAUAGACAAAUUAAGUGCCUUCUACAAAUGUCUAUGUCAGCUUGAUAGUAACUGACGAUUCAGUAUUUAAGAAGCUUGAGGAUAGAAAACAGCCAGCCUCAUUGGCUGCCAGAGUUUUCUUAGAAAACGAGAUUGAUAGAACAGAUGAUUUUGAUUUCUAUUGGGCUAAUUAAUACAUUGAGCAUUGGUUUUCCUCAAAUGUUUAGUCUAAUGAUUAAAAUUUAGAGUUAUUGCUGGGAGUUUAAGGCUGGAGAUACAAAAUAUUUGAUAUAGAAUCAAUUCUAAAGAUAAGCGAGUCAAAAUUAUCAAAUUAUGACGAGAGUACUAAAGCUGCUAUCCAGUAACUAUAUGGAUAUGUUUUGGAAUAACCAGCAAUAAUGUAUGCAGAAGCAGCAAUGGCUGCAGAUGAUCAAGCUAAAGCUUAGCCAAUGAUGGAAAGAAUGCCAUAACCAUAAAUGAAUGUCAUUGCUCCAAAAGUAGGAGGUAAAGCUAAUUCUGAGAAUAGCAUUCCUCUUGAAGAAGAUCCAAAUGAGGUUGAUUUUAUGACUGGUAUUACUAAUCCUCGACUAUGGGCCCAUCCAAGAAGAAAGAACUAUAAUAUUAAUGAAAGAAUCGACUUGACAGAAACUGUAAUGUACUAGUCAGCAGGCACAGCAACCAAGGGAGAACUUAAGGGUUCUUUUUACCUAAGCGACCUAAUUACUUAAUUUAGAAUCAUUGCUGAUGCUUUCUCAGGAAAUGGCUUACUAGGAUACAGUUAAUCCUCUUUGCAAACCUAAAAACCAGUUUAUAUGACUUUUGAUGUUCCAACUUCAAUGAUAAUAGGCGAUUCAAUCAAAAUUAAUGCCAAUGUUUUCAACCUAAAUGGAUACAAAGUAACUGGAGCAUUUACUAUUGUCAAAGCAGACUCAAGUUUGAAUGUCACAAUUGCAAAGCCAAAUGUCACUAUUGAGAGUAAAAAGAGUUCAACAGUUGUUAUUUUAAUUGAGGCUAAAGCAAUCAGCGAUCUCGCUUAACUUUAAAUUCUAUUCAAUGGAACAGGCAAUAACACCAACUUUUAAGAUUCAUUGAAGCUCGUGACAAGAGUAGUACCCAAGGGCUUUGAGAGAGAAGUUAAUAAAGGAGGUUAUAUUGGCUCACAAAUCUUUGAUCAGUCGACACCAUCCUCAAUUUCAUUUGACUUGUCUAUCCCAGCAAAACUGGAAGCUGGUUCCUCUAAGUUCUCUUUGAAGAUAUUUAGUUCUUCAUUUGCAAGUCUAGUUGAAGCUGUUAAAGCCUUAAUUAAUGAACCAAAUGGUUGCUUUGAAUAAACAUCUUCAACUACUUACCCUAUGGUAAUGGCUCUUGGCUUCCUUGAAGCACUCCCCGUUGAAGAUUAAUAAAUUAAGGAAAUGAAGCUUGACAUUCAAGCAAAAUUAAAGAGAGGUUACGAUAAAUUAGUAACUUUCUAGACUAAAGAGAAAGGAUAUGAAUGGUUUGGAGAAAGUCCAGCUCACGAGGGACUUAGUGCUUAUGGGCUCUUACAAUUUACUGAGAUGUCAAAAGUGUCUUAAUUUGUAGACACUAAAAUGGUGGGUGACCUUAAAACAUGGCUCCUAAGUAGAAGAAACAGUAAGGGAGGUUUCCUUUAGAAUGAUAAAGCCUUGGAUAGCUUUGGCAGAGCACCUGCAAACAUCACAGAUGCUUAUAUUAUUUGGGCCCUUACAUCCUCAGGUGAAACUGACGUUGCAAACGAAACAGCCAAUUUGAUUAAAUAAGCUGACCAGUCAAUCACCAAUAACACGGUUGAUGUGUAUUUCUUAGGACUUCUCGCAUCAUCUUUGUACAAUCUUAAAAGAAAUGAAGAGGCUCAAAAGUAUGCUGACAUAAUAGUAAACUAUCAAUUGCCUCAAGGAAACAUUUCCAGGUCAUUGACUACAAUUACAACUUCAGAUGGCAGUCAGAGAAUCAUUGAAACUACAGCUAUUGCUAUUAUUACUUGGAUGAACAAUUAAUAGAGAUAUUCAUCGAGCAUUAUGAAAUCAAUGAACUGGCUAGUAUCUUAGGUAAAGAUGGGAGCAUAUGGUUCCACUCAGGGAACUAUUCUUUCUCUAAAAGCUAUAACCUCUUACAUGAAGAACUUUGCCUCAAUCAAUGGUGAUGGCUAAUUCGUACUUAGAGUUAACAAUACUGUAGCACAAACAAUCUAAUUCACUGCUGAUAAGAAAGAUGCAAUUGAGUUUGAUUUCACAAGCAUUCUUUCAGACUCUAAAUUUGCUUCUCUAAAAACUCCUAAUUCAUCAGUAUCAAUCUCUCUAUCCUUAGAGAACUUCAACCAACAAAAAGGAGAGACAAGUGACUUCAAGGUCAACUAUGCCUUUACUUAUUCUUACUUUGAUCUUAACCCAGUUGCUGCCUCUACAGUGUUAUCAUUUGAUGUUCUAUAGAAGUUCGAUGUUAAAAAUCUAGGUGCUGAUAACUAAAUUACAAAGCAAUUCACGUAUACUCUAAAUGUUAAAAACCUAAACACUAAGAAGGGUGUUGGAAUGACUGUGGCAAUAUUUAGAGUUCCUGCCUGUUUACAAAUUGACUUCAAUGCUCUUGAAACUCUGAAGAGAAACAAAUAAGUUGAUCAGUACGAAGUCAAAAAUUAUAAUUAAGACAUAGUCUUGUACUGGAGAGCUGUAGAUAAGAAUUAGCAGAAAUCAAUUAAUCUAUCAUUUACUUAAAGAUAUGCUGGUAUCUGCUAACAAAAACCAAAUACAGCAUAUAUUUACUACAAUGAUGAUCAACCUGCUUGGACUCUUGCCAGAAGAGGUUGA